CACCGGUAGCCGUGUGGUCGAUCAAGGUGUCAAUGACGUAGACAUUGAGCCCAACGAACUCGCUCUGACUUGUUUUGAAGACAAACACACUAUGGCUGCCGAAAACGCAGGGCUGUACCUCGAAAUGCUCAAGUCCCAUUCGGACCACAUCCUCCGACAUUAUAACGGCUCUCCUUCAGAAGAUUCACUCCCUUUCGAAGAGACUUUUGUUCCUCCUAACACAUACUGGACUUCUGACGAGAAGUAUAAACUUUAUCACCACCUGCAGAGGUUCUCGCGCUUUCGUCUCGAUCUGGUUGCGGAGGCUAUGGGAACUAAGACUGUUGUUGAAGUUAGCACUUACCUUGGACUCGUGGCUCGUGUCGUGCACGAACGUUAUUCCCGCCACGCCGCACCCAGACGCGACAGAUUCCCAGCUGCAAUAGAGAUGAAAAAUGCCUGGGUAGAGUUCGAGGAGGGGAUGUCUCAAUAUGUCCUGGAAGCUGAGGAUGAGACCAUCCGGUCAGAACUCGCCGCGAGCCGUCGUCUGUCAUGCAAGAAUGCUGGUGUCGUACCGCAUCAUGUAGGCGUCGGUGCAUUCGUUAAGGAAUCUUUUAGGAUGUUGAGGUCAACGAAACUUCAAAAUGGUCAUGACAUUCCUGCUUCGAAAUUAUCGUCCAUACCAACGGGAUCUUUGAAAUUUUCCUGGAUCGAAGAAGACCUGUUCAGGGAGCUCGACAAAGAUAAUCUUUCGGUGAUGGAUGACAUGCUAGACUCUCAUUAUGGAUUAGACUCUUCGUCCCACCACGCACCUCUCGCUACUAACUCGGACGCUGCACAUGAUAGCCAUUCAGAUGACGAUAAUCCGUCUGUGUCUCCUGCCCGUGACUCGCUGACUGACAAAAAGGGCUCGCUUGAAACCAGCCGCACUAAGCUUGCAAUGAUGUCACCCCUCGAACGCCAGCGCUACCGUAAGCGACUAUGGAUGCGCAAGAAGAGGGCUCAGGAGAAACUCGUCAUGAAUGCAAUUGAUCCUAGCUUUGUAGUCUUCAACAAGUCUACUGGGAGGCUCAGCAAGCGUAGAAGGACAUCGGCGAUGGACCCUUUCUCUACUCCCAGCACCGUUCGUGCCUUCCCUGAAGACGCUGCACUGGGUGACCUGAUGAAUUAUCAACGCAAGCGCACGGAGAAGUUUGAUUUGGUGAAGAAGGUAGCUCAGUAUGUCAACUUCACGGCGGGGAAUUUGAUCCAGGAUGAUGUCGACAUUUUUUAUUUCUCCAGACUCGGAAACCUUCUUCGUAUGUAUAUGUCAUCACUUCUUCCCUUGCCAGAGUCUCGCAAUCCUUCGCAUGGUGGCUCAAUCGUGUCCUCUCCUAACGGGAUAGCUAAUCCUGCCGUUUCCUAUUCUACAAUCAAACAGAUCGCGAGAGAUCUUCGACAGUACCUGGAAAUCGUGAUCCAACGAACGAUACUGAUUGCAGAGAAUAGCCGGGAUACUAGAACUCAACCUCAAAUUACUAAAUAUGAUGUCCUGAAGUCUGCCUCUAUUUUUAGCCGACCAGGAGCUUUCUUGUCGAGAAAAUCUUUCAUUCAAACUUUACCUUCGCGCCUUUCCCUUACCGUUCUUGAUGGGAGUGUGCCCGCCGACGUUUCAGAUCUCGAAGGACUAGUGGAAUUUCAACCGCGAAUGAGUAUCGAGGGCCCCAAAGAUAUCUUCAUUUCUUGUGCGGACAUCAAUGGUCCGUCUCUCUCGGUUCCGGUUGAAUAUAGGCGUCCAAAUCGGAUGGCCAUGUCCAAGAAACGCAACUAUGAAGACCAGGAUGACGAAAACUUCUUGACUAUGUGGGGGGUGGGACAGGAUGAGGGUAUACCUGGAUGCGAACUGCUUCCGGAGGUGUCGUGGCCAGUGGAGUACGACGAAUUCCUGGAGGAGUUGAUUGACGAGGACAAACUAGACAAGAGGGACUCUAAGGGGGCCGCGCGUUAUCAUGCUGCACUUUGGAAUAUGUUUCAGGCUGGAGAGUAGGAGAAUGGGAAACGGGCUCCUCAUUCAGAUAUGUGGAGAUAUCGAGGCGGAGUGAACAGGUGAUGAGAAGUGUGCCAACAGAGGGAUCGUUCUACACCCGAAUAAGAUUGACUGAGAUGGUUGGUCUAUCUUGUCACCCCGCGGUCGCCUGACGACGCAACCGCCUAUUUAUUUGAUAUUUGGGGUUUGGUCUUAUCGAUCAACGAGAUCUAGCUGUUUCCAGUCACGACCUUAGCUAUGAGCGACCACUUGUGCAAGUGACUUGUCCAUCAUCCCCCACGUGCAUUGAUAUUCAUCAGAGGUGGGAAUGCAGACGGGACUAUCUGUGGCCAUAGGACUCGGAAAGCACCGCAUCCCGUUUGAUCUACGAAGUUAAGUCGAGUGCCG